AUGUCAUCCAGGAAUAGAAAGGAACUAAUUAGUUUGUUCGAUGUGUUUUGCGAAGUUGGUGCCGAUUUUGGUGAUGGUGUCGCUGUAAUUCUUCAAAAAUAUCCGGAAGAUUUCAAUGAUCAACAAGCUUUAAAAUCAAUUGUUCAGUUUACAUUCCCUUGUGGACUACAUAGUGAUGAAGUCGAAGCAGUUCAACUUUUCUCAUUCGUUCUUACUGAUGAAAAAUCAGAAUAUACGUUCGCAUAUUGUCGUUAUGCACCGUUAAGCAAUACAUGUCUGUGUAUUUUAAGUGGGUAUUCGUGGUUUAGCAUAUUCUACAAAAUCUUAAAUCACAUAUCGAUGGUUAUGAAUAAUCGACCAGCAAGUGAUCUCGAAUCUUUAUUGGCUCAUAUGUAUCAUGUUCCUUUACCAUCUCCUGGAGCCAAAUUGAUUUUGGAAUCUGGUGCUGGAGAAAAUAAAUUAGAGGUGGUGGUACCGGAUACGAAGAAAUUACCAACAUUGAAGGAAGAUAAGUUUAUGCUCGAAUUUUACAAUGCUUUGCCAGAAAAACAAAUGAUUGCACUUUACGCAAGUAUGUUGAAAGAAAGGCGCAUACUUUUCACAGGUAGGAAAUUAAGUCAGUUGUCUUCAUGCGUGCUAGCUGCUUCAACACUUCUUUUUCCGAUGCAUUGGCAAAAUGUAUUCAUUCCUGUGCUACCAGUUUCUCUUGUAGAUAUGAUAAUGGCUCCUAUGCCUUACCUUAUUGGAAUUCCAAAAAAAACAUUUCUGUCCGUAAGAAAAGAUGUGCUUGGCGAUGUGGUUUUAAUUGACCUGGAUCAACGCACAAUGCAAAACCCUCAUAAUGAUACCAGUGAUCUUCCAUCCGAUGUAAUCAGUUUACUGCGACACGAGUUGCGUUCAUCUUCCGAUUUAUUUUUGUCAGAUGGACUUGCUCGAUCUUUUCUCAGAACAAAUGCUUUUCUCUUUGGCGGAUAUCGGCAAGGUUUUUAUUAUUCAUCUUCAUAUAAAUGGAAUGGCGAAAAAUUUAUUCAAAAUCAACGAAAUAGUCUAAAAACUUUUCUACGAUCAUUAAUAGGUCAUGAUGGAGUGCAAUAUUUUGAACGAUUUAUUGAUGAAAGGUUAUCAGCAUUAAAUGCAGGACAACCAGUUGAUGAUGAAUUUGAGAAACAAGCUCGAUUAAAUGAAGAAAAAAAUUCGAAGAGCUCAAAUUUGGUGCGUGAAAAUGCAAACGAUAUGUUUGGUGUUCUGAAAGACAAAGUACAGUCGAUUGGAGAACUUAAGAUUAAAGAUCGUUUUGGUCGUUUAACUCCAAGGGAAUUUAAAAAGACCUCUAGUAAGAAAUCGUCGGCGUUUAAUGAUGUUAUAAUGUCUUUUGACACUCAACAGUGGUCGACUGAUGCUAUUCCUUUGCCUUCUACAGUGGUUUCAUCAUCAGAUAACAAUGCUGAAGAUUUAAUCGAUUUAAGUGAUGACAAAUCGGAAUCAAUGAUUAAUACUUCAGUUCCAUCAUCAAAUGCAACUACACCUUAUCCUAAUCCUCACCUAUUUACUUUUGAUCCUCUUUCACAUUUGUCUUCCACUUCUGAAUCUGCUUCUGAUAAUAAAACCGCAGCGAGGAAUCAGUGGCAGCGCUUUGAUAGUCCUUAA